AUUCUAGAAAAAAUAGGCAAAAUCAGCCACUGUUUUCAUUUUCCCAUCACUUUCUUAUUCUUUCUCUUUUUCUAUUCUGCUAUAAGCCCCAUCCUGCUUCCUUGGUUUCUGCCCCUUACCCCCACCUUCAAGAGGUCACCAGUGAAUGGCUGUCCCUCACACUGGGAGUCACAGCAUUUUCUCCUUCUCCCUGUAGCACUCCAGUCCCACCCACUCCACCGCCCCUUCCUAGCAACAUCCAGUAUCCCAGUAGUCGCUUACCCACUUCUCCACCACUCGGUCAAGCGCCAACCGCGUUUCAGCCAUUCUCCAUGAUCUCAAAUUCAUCUCCGCCUCCUCCUCUUGUGGCCCCGCCUCUUCUAUCCAACCCCGCCUCUCUUGUGCCAGACCACUCGCACUUAUAUAACAGCAGAAAUCAUUGUCCAGCCAUCCAGACAACAAAGUUAGGCAAGAAUUCAGAUCAGAAUCAAGAGCUGUACAUCGUAGAAGCAGAGACAACCAAAUAUAAAACACUGAUCACAGAACAGCAUCAAAGCCAAGACCAAGCGAGGCUCAUAACCGAUCCAAACCCCUAUGACAAACUUCUGACCAUGUUCCUUGGGAAUCAGUUACCGCAGGAGGUAAACCUGGAUCCUUCCACACCGUUGGGUGAUGAGUCCGAUCAAAGCCGUGUGAUAGUGUCACCUGACAGGUUAUCGAUAAACAAAGCAGGUCAAAAGUCCUUGAUUCUGAACAGCCAAUCAGAAACGUCCCCUGAUGAGGAGGGGUUAUUACCAGACCACAAAUUCCCAGACCCUCCCAGCCCAGUGACAGACAGCUUUGGGACGGGGCUUCUCGAGUUGUACAUACUGGAAGAUGGCGAUGAGCCAAUCAGAUCUUCUGAGGCCAAUCUCUCUCCUAUUCCCAGGCCUCUUCUCUCAAAGCCUGAUUGCUCCUCAUCUUCUCCUUCUCCUCAUGCACCUUCCCCUGUUUCCUCCACAUGCAGUUCAUCCCUCAAUCUUUCUCCUCCCUCAUCUCCUGCCCCCUUGUCCCUUGCCCAAACUCCCCCAUUCUCCCCUGCACCUUUCUCCUCGUCUCCUGUCCCUUCUGAAGAGAAGUUCACCUCAUACUGUUGCUCACCUCCUCCCUUUUUUAUAACCUCCCUUCCUACUUCUUCUCAUUCUUCUUUUUCUUCAUCUUGUAUACCCCCUCGGCCUACAGCUUCUUCUUCCUCCUCUUACUCUCCUCCUGCCCGCUCUCUGUCUCCUCCUAUCCCUUCCUCACAACCUCCAUUUUACCCGUCACGGCAACCUUUCCUGCCCACCAUCCCUGCCUCUCCACCGUCUUCUCCAGUCCCUUCGACAGAGCGUACCACAUCUCCCACAAUCCCCCUCUCCUCUCCAGGCCCUCCAACAGAGCGUACCACAUCUCCCACAAUCCCCCUCUUCUCUCCAGUCCCUCACUCAGAGCAUACCACAUUUUCCACAAUCCCCCUCUCCUCUCCAGUCCCUUUGACAGAGCGUACCACAUCUCCCACAAUCCCCCUCUCCUCUUCAGGCCCUCCAACAGAGCGUACCACAUCUUCCACAAUCCCCCAGUCCUUUCCAGUCCUUCCCACAAAGCAUACCACAUCUUCCACAAUCCCCCUCUCCUCUCUAGUCCCUUCAACAGAGGGUACGACAUCUUCCACAAUCCCCCAGUCCUUUCCAGUCCUUCCCACAGAGCAUAACACAUCUCCCACAACCCACCUCUCCUCUCCAGUCCCUCUGACAGAGGGUACCACAUCUUCCACAAUCCCCCAGUCCUCUCCAGUCCCUUCCUCAGAGUGUACCACAUCUCCCACAAUCCCCCAGUCCUCUCCAGUCCCUUCAUCAGAGUGUACCAGAUCUCCCACAAUCCCCCUCUCCUCUCCAGUCCCUCCCACAGAGCAUACCAGAUCUCCCACAAUCCCCCUCUCCUCUCCAGUCCCUCUGACAGAGCGUACCGCAUCUUCCACAAUCCACCAAUCCUCUCCAGUCCCUCUGACAGAGGGUACUACAUCUCCAACAACCCCCCUCUCUUCUCCAGUCCCUCCUUCAGAGUGUACCACAUCUUUCACAAUCCCCCAGUCCUCACCAGUCCCUCCAACAGAUGGUACUACAUCUUCCACAAUUGCCCAGUCCUCUCCCAGCUCUCCUCCACCCUCGUCUCCUCCUCCUCCUCUCUCGUCCAUUCAGUCCUUUGGUGUCCCCUUGUCUCACACUCCUCCAUGUGUUCUUCCUCUCUCCACUCCUCCGCUGUCCCCUCGGUUACAGCUGCGUUCUCCUCAGAUCAAGGUAAAACAUAGCAAGUGUGUGCUAGGAGAAAGGGAUGAUGUGUGCAGUACUUACUCUGCCUUGUGGUGUGUGUAUGAGGUAUGGUGUGACAUGGUGUGUCCCUACAUCUAUCUAUCUAUCUAUCUAUCUAUCUAUCUAUCUAUCUAUCUAUCUAUCUAUCUAUCUAUCUAUCUAUCUAUCUAUCUAUCUAUCUAUCUAUCUAUGGAUGCUGCAUUAGCAUGAAGCUGACAUUAAAAGAAUGUGUGUGUGUGUGCGUGCGUGUGUGUGUGUAUUUAAUGCCAAGUCCCUGACAUGAGCUGUGACUCUUACAGACACUUUAUAAUCAUGCAGCGGUGGUCGAUGGGAAGCCGCCGCGCAGCCCUAUUUCCACAAGGAGGCGCUGUUUAUCACCCUCCGUUUCGUCCGGUAGAGCACGCAGGGUAGGACGGGAGAGUGGAGUGUCACUAGCAGCAGUGCAGGCUGGGAAAUG